AUGGUCCAACGAGCUAUGAGCGUGUUCUGCUUCGGUGUAAUUUUGCAGGUGGUACCAUCACACUCGCUCGUCUGUUUCUAUAUCAGACAAUUUGUCGCGGGUGUCAGUCUCGGCGCAGGCACUGCGGUCGUCCCAGCAUACAACGCUGACAUGGCACCCAAGGAAAUUCGAGGCAAGCUCGGAUCAGGGAUGCAAUGGCUUUUUGCACUCGGCGUAAUGCUGAGUUACUGGAUUGGAUAUGCCUCGUCGAAGCAGUGGCAGAUUCCCGUUGGUCUACACAUUGUACCCGCCGGAGUUCUUGCACCGGGUCUCUGUGGGGUCCCCGAAAGUGUACGCUGGUUGACCAAGAAGGGCCAUUUUGAUGAAGUAUGGGAAAGUCUAAAAUUGAUGCGAGCUAGUGAAGGGCACAGGGCCAAUCAGCACUCAAUAGGCCGCGAAGUGAAGGCAGAGUCCAAUGAAAUCCGAUCGGGACUUGAGAAAGAGUUGCGAGCUACCGAGGCCUUUAAUAAGCGCGAGCUUCUCGAUAAAAAAGCCACCCCAUCUGCUACUGGCAUAGUGGCCAUGAUCUUCCUGACCAACUCAAUCUACUAA